CCUAGGCCCGGUUGCCAUGGACACCAGACUCUUCCCCUGUUGCCAGGCGGCCCCCCUUUCUCUGCCGCCUCACACUAGCCGCGCCCCCUCUCACACAGUCCCCGCCUUCCCGUCUCGCUGAUUGGUCACUUGUCUCGUCCUGUGGGCGGUCUCUCCUGAUGUCACAUGAGCACUUUUGCAAGAUGGCCGCCCGGUUGUUUUGAUGAAUAAUCCUGUGUGAAGCAGCGUCGUCCCCGGUGCCCAGGCCUCCCCCCGCCGUGUUCCCCGCUCUCUCCUCUCGUCACUUUACGGCGUCGUAGCAUAGGACGCGGUGUGUGUGUUGGCGCAGAGAGCUGUCUACUCCUCCUCAUCCACCAUCAUUCUCCCCGGACUCUACCGCAGACAAUGCAGCCCUGAAGCCGGAGGCCGCCGGCUCUCCCUCCCCCUCCUCCUGCCCCUCGCACGGACCCCGGGCCUCUGCCACCAUUAAAAGGAAAAACAUGGAGGAGCUGAGCGCUGACGAGAUUAGACGUAGGCGCCUGGCUCGGCUUGCUGGUGGGCCGUCUUCACAGCCCACGACUCCACUCACAUCUCCGCAGAGAGAGAACCCACCUGGACCACCAGUAGCGGGACCGGCCCCCAGUGCGCCUAACCAGCUUGGCCUAAAUGUUCAGGGGUUAACCCCAGCUACCUCACCCAUAGGAGCAUCAGGGGUGGCCCAUAGAAGUCAGAGCAGUGAAGGAGUCAGUUCGCUAAGCAGUUCCCCAUCCAAUAGCCUCGAAACACAGUCCCAGUCCCUGUCUCGUUCUCAGAGCAUGGACAUCGACAGCGUUGCCUGUGAAAAAAGCAUGUCCCAGGUGGAUGUGGACUCAGGGAUUGAGAACAUGGAAGUGGACGAGACCGAUCGAAGAGAGAAGAGAAGCCUUAAUGAUAAGGAAUCCUCUGCAGGAUCUGAGGUGUCUGAAGAACAGUCACUGCAGCUGGUCUGCAAGAUCUUCAGAGUAUCUUGGAAAGACAGAGACAGAGAUGUUGUUUUCCUGAGGUCUCUAUCGGCUCAGUUCAGACAAAACCCUAAAGAAGUGUUCUCCAAUUUUAAAGACCUAAUUGGGCAGAUUCUAAUGGAAGUCUUGAUGAUGUCUACGCAGUCCAAAGACGAUAACCCUUUUGCCAGCUUGACCGCCACAUCGCAGCCAAUAGCAACUACACGAGUCCCAGAGAAGACUUUAUUGCUCAACUCUGGGUCAACACCUGGCACCAGCCCCAUGUUCUGUAACUCUGGAUCCUUCGGUGCCAGCUCCUUGUCAAGUCUUUAUGAUGCUAGUCCUGUUCAGACCAUUGCUGUGACAGCGCCCAGUUCACCCUCACCCCCUGUUUCUAAUGCCCAGCCCUUUAGCACUGGGCAGUCUUUGGCUGUACCGUCAAGCCCAUCUCUACCUCAUGCAGCCUCCUCCACACGUUAUCGGCCUUACGCUGUCACCCAUUCAGCCCCCUUGCCCAUUCCCUCCAGUCCGGGUACUUCCAGGCACUCCCCUGUUUUGCACCUGUCACUCAGCCCUCGCGCCUUGUCCAGCAGCCCUCGAGCAGUGCCCUCAAGCUCACCCAGACGGAGGUCUUUGGUAUCUCCCAGAAUGUCCCCCAGACAAAGCCGGAUGCCUCCUAGUGCUUAUGACAACCCUCUGUCCCUCCUCUUCCUCGCCAACAUCAAUGAGGCUGAGGACAGCAGUGCCGAGGAGAGCGAUGAAGAGGAUUUCUCUAGUGUGCACUUUGGGUCCAGCGGAACUAGUAGCACGGAGUCCUGCGGCGAUCACUUCACUAUAGAAGCUUGCAAAGAAACCGAGAUGCUCAACUACCUCAUUGAGUGCUUCGAUAGAGUGGGAAUAGAGGAAAGGAAGGCACCAAAGAUGUGCAGUCAGCCAGAUGUGAGCCAGCUCCUGAGUAACAUUCGAUCACAGUGUAUCUGCCAUGCUGCUCUGGUGUUACAGGGAGCUCUCACCCAGCCAAGGUCUGUACAGCAGCAGUCUCUCCUGGUGCCAUAUAUGCUCUGUAGGAACCUGCCAUUUGGCUUCAUUCAAGAACUUGUAAGGACAACAUAUCAGGAUGAAGAGGUGUUUAAACAGAUAUUUAUUCCUAUUCUGCAAGGAUUGGCUCUGGCAGCUAAAGAUUGUUCUCUGGAUAGUGACAACUUCAAAUAUCCUCUAAUGGCUUUAGGUGAGCUGUGUGAGAUUAAAUUUGGAAAGACUCACCCUGUCUGCUGCUUGAUGGCAUCACUGCCCCUUUGGUUACCCAAGUCUCUGAGUCCUGCCACUGGCCGGGAGCUGCAGCGCCUUUCUUACCUUGGUUCUUUCUUCAGCCUCUCGGUCUUUGCUGAGGAUGAUAAUAAAGUGGUUGAGAAAUACUUUUCUGGUCCUACAAUUACUCUGGAAAACACACGAGUGGUCAGUCAGUCACUUCAGCAUUACCUAGAAUCGGCGCGGCAAGAGUUAUUCAAGAUUCUGCACAGUAUUUUGCUAAAUGGUGAAACAAGGGAAUCUGCCUUGAAUUACAUGGCUGCCAUAGUCAAUGGCAAUAUGAAAAAGGCGCAGAUGCAGACAGAUGACAGGCUGGUGUCUACAGACGGGUUCAUGCUGAACUUCCUAUGGGUGCUGCAGCAACUCAGCACCAAGAUCAAGCUGGAAACUGUGGACCCCAUGUAUAUUUUCCAUCCAAAAUGCAGGAUAGCACUGCCCAGUGAUGAGACCCGUAUCAAAGCCUCAAUGGAGGAGGUCACCAGCUGGAUGGCAGAGCUUAAUCAAGAUCCUUCUUCGUUUUCUGAGCCCAAGUUUCCUACUGAGUGCUUCUUUCUGACCUUACACGCUCAUCACCUCGCCAUCUUGCCUAGCUGCCGGCGUUAUAUCCGUCGAUUAAGGGCCAUCCGGGAGCUGAACAGGACAGUGGAAGAGCUGAAGAACAAUGAGAGUCAAUGGAAAGAUUCCCCUCUGGCUGCCAGACACAGAGAGAUGUUGAAACGUUGUAAAACUCAGCUCAAGAAACUAGUACGUUGCAAGGCCUGUGCUGAUGCCGGUUUACUAGAUGAAAACUUUCUGAGAAGAUGCCUCAGUUUCUAUGGAAUGGUUAUACAACUUGUAUUGCGCAUGGUGGAUCCUGCUUAUCCAAGUAUAACGCUGCCUUUAAGCCCAGACAUUCCCAAGAUAUUUGCUGCACUGCCUGAGUUUUAUGUAGAAGAUGUAGCUGAAUUUUUGUUUUUUAUUGUGCAAUAUGCUCCUCAGGUUCUUUUCGAGUCCUGUACACAGGAUGUGGCUACGUUCUUGGUGGUGCUGCUAUGCAACCAGAAUUAUAUCCGAAACCCCUACCUAGUGGCUAAGCUGGUGGAGGUUAUGUUUGUGACUAAUCCAGCUAUUCAGCAUCGAACUCAGAAGUUUUUUGAGAUGAUCGAAGGUCACCCUUUGUCUACCAAACUUCUCGUGCCCUCCCUCAUGAAGUUUUACACAGAUGUUGAGCACACUGGUGCCACCAGCGAGUUUUAUGAUAAGUUCACCAUACGCUACCACAUAAGCACCAUCUUCAAAAGCCUCUGGCAGAAUCCGGCUCAUCAUGGCACCUUUAUGGAAGAAUUCAACUCGGGGAAGCAGUUUGUGCGCUACAUAAACAUGCUGAUAAAUGACACCACCUUCUUGCUGGAUGAGAGCUUGGAGUCCCUGAAGCGAAUCCAUGAAAUUCAAGAGGAGAUGAGGAACAAGGAACACUGGGAUCAGCUGCCUCGGGAUCAGCAGCAAACCCGUCAGUCCCAACUCACUCAAGAUGAGCGCGUCUCCCGGUCCUAUCUUGCUUUAGCCACAGAGACUGUUGACAUGUUCCACAUUCUUACCAAACAAGUACAGAAGCCGUUCCUCAGACCUGAGCUUGGACCCCGGUUAGCAGCCAUGCUGAAUUUUAACCUGCAGCAGUUAUGCGGACCUAAGUGUCGAGACCUGAAGGUGGAGAACCCAGAGAAGUAUGGGUUUGAACCAAAGAAACUUCUGGAUCAACUCACUGACAUCUACCUGCAUUUAGACUGUGCCCGAUUUGCAAAGGCCAUAGCAGAUGACCAGAGAUCCUAUAGCAAAGAUCUUUUUGAAGAGGUGAUAUCCAAGAUGAAAAAGGCUGGAAUUAAGUCAACGAUUGCUAUUGAGAAGUUCAAGCUCUUGGCAGAGAAGGUGGAGGAGAUUGUGGCACGUAACGCUCGGGCAGAGUUUGAUUAUAGUGAUGCACCAGAUGAGUUCAGAGAUCCACUGAUGGACACUUUAAUGUCUGAACCAGUGAGGCUGCCAUCUGGAACCAUCAUGGACAGGUCGAUCAUUCUGAGGCACCUUCUUAAUUCAUCUACAGAUCCCUUCAAUAGACAAACACUUACGGAAAGCAUGCUUGAACCAGUGCCAGAACUUAAGGAGAGGAUCCAUGCGUGGAUGAGGGAGAAGCAAAGUGGCGACCGAUGACGCGGCAGUGAAUCGCGGAGAGGUUUGUCAUUCUGGAGGCCGCCACAGCAGAUGAAAUCCUGUACAUAUAUUUAAAUAAUAUCACUCGCAGUGAAAAGCUCACUUGAUGAGAAAUAAAGGGGAUUAUAUUUUCUUAACGAAGGCCAGCAAUUACAGUCCACAAGGCGGAGGCCUUCCGCUCAUCUGUGUGCAGGCGGACAGAAAACAUCAAGGUUUCACUACAAGCUGGCGAACAGCUGACUGCAUCAAUGUAUCAGUUUUUUUUGUUUUUUUUAUUUAAUUUUUUUUUUUCUGCUGCUGCAAUACCGCCUCUUUCUUUUUUCCCCUCCUUUCCUUACUGCCAGGAUACCAGUAUAAAAGGAUACAGGAAAAAUAUGAAAAUCUGUUUUGGACCGAGAUCGAUCUUGCCACUCACGCUGUAACCCCUGACACCGCUGAGAUGCGCUAUUCUGGGACCCGAUGCAAAGUCUGAUUAGUGGAGCGCUCUUUUAUGAUCUCUAUCUGUAUAAUAUAUGAUAUAUAUCACUGAAUAUAUAUUUAUAUAUUACUAGCAUAUUUGUUUUAAGCUUUGCGACUGCAAAUGUUUUAUCACAGGCUUAGGUGCUUUACUUUUUUCUUUUCUUUUGCAUUUAUGAGCAAAAAGAAUUAUAAUAUAUAUAUAUAUAUAUAUAUAUAUAUAUAUAUAUUAUAAUUUUUUUUCUUUGUUUUUUUUUUAAAGAGCGGCACUGGGAAUUGUUUUUAUUGCUGACUUUUUUUGAUAUUCGGGGAGGUAAUGAUCUGCCAGGUUACACCCCAACCCUGCUUUGCACACCCUUCCUCCUGCCUAUGUAUGAGAGCAUAAUGACCUGUCUGUGAAAUCUCGGUUUGCACCUAUUGUUUAGCCUUACCAAAGUGAUUGGUGCCAGGGGGACUGGCAUGUGCAAAGGUUUUUUUUGUUAUUUUAUUGUUUUUUUUUUUCUUCUCUUUUGCUUCGUUUUUUUUAAGAAACCUUUUUUGUAUAACUGCCCUCCACAACAUACUUGAAUUCCCG